AUGGCCUUCUUCCCACGAGCAUUCUUUGACAACUCUCACUCCUUCACUCCUCUCUUCCGCCUGCUAGACGACUUUGACAACUACAGUCGCCAAGGUACUUCUUCCAAUCAUCACCAUGACAAGAAGCGAGCUGGCGACGCCCUCUGGCAACCCGCAUUCGACGUCCGCGAAUCUGGUGACAGUUACGAACUUCACGGCGAACUGCCCGGUCUGACCAAGGAAAACGUCCACAUUGAAUUCGCGGAGCCUCAGACCUUAAUUGUUCGCGGUAGGUCUGAGAGAUCGUACACUUCUGGAACUCCACACGCCGAGGCCCUUGAACAAUCCAUCAGCAAGGGCGCCAUCGCCGAGGGCAGUGAAUCGUUCCCACACAAGGCGACUGUCGAAAAUACCGACCAAGCAGACGCCCAAAUAAAGGAGCCAGCUCAGCAAGGCGAAACUGCUGUUCAAAAGUCAGACAAGAAGGAAUCUGAGCACGGAGUCAAGUACUGGCUCUCUGAACGCAGCGUCGGCGAAUUUUCUCGAACGUUCAAUUUCCCCACGCCAGUUGAUCAGGGUGCCGUUACGGCAAGUUUCAAGGAUGGUAUUCUGAGCGUUGUCGUGCCAAAGGCCAAGAAGCAAGCAUCUCGGCGUAUUGCUAUUCACUAA